AUGGAGGAGAGUCAGCUGCUGAUGACAGAACUUCCGUCGCCGUUGACGCCAAGCGCCGGUCGCGGCGGCACGACGUUACUCCAUCGCCCGGGCCACUACUACCACCUGCACCAGCCGCACCUGACGAUACCGACGUCGCAGAACCAGGCGAUUCUUCAGCACAACUCCGGCGGCACGGCACCGCACUACGGCACCGACGGCAAUGGCGCCUGUGGCGGCGGCGGCGGCACCGCGGGAGGCGGCCCGACUGCCGCCGCCGCCGCCGGUUUGCCGGUCUACACCAUCAACCAGGGCGGCAUCUCGUCGCGGCACCAGCUGCACCCGCAUCAGGUGCAUCAGCGCGGCACCGCGGUCACGCACGGCCAGCCCGCCGCGAGCACCCACGUGUCCUCCCUGUAUCCUGAAAUUCUGGCCCUCAUCUUCAGCUACCUGGACGUGCGCGACAAGGGACGCGCCGCGCAAGUGUGCACCGCGUGGCGCGACGCCGCUUAUUACCGCUCGGUUUGGCGAGGGGUGGAGGCACGGCUGCACCUCAGGAAACAGGCGCCGGCGCUAUUCGCCAGCCUGGUACGACGUGGCGUGAAGAAGGUACAGGUGCUGUCCUUGCGACGCGGCCUCAGCGAUGUACUGAAGGGCGUGCCAAAUCUCGAGUCGCUGAGCUUGUCCGGCUGCUACCACCUCACCGACAUCGGUAUCACGAACGCCUUUUGCCAGGAGUACCCGUCCCUCACCGAGCUCAACCUAUCGCUCUGCAAGCAAGUGACAGACGCCUCCCUCAGCAGGAUAGCGCAGUACUUGAAGAAUCUCGAGCAUCUGGAGCUGGGUGGUUGCUGCAAUAUCACCAACACCGGUUUGCUGCUGAUCGCAUGGGGUCUCAAGAAACUCAAGCGGCUAGACCUGCGAAGUUGCUGGCACGUGUCCGACUUGGGCAUCGCUCACCUGGCCGGUCUGAAUCGCGAAACCGCGGACGGUAAUCUUGCCCUGGAGCAUCUGAGUCUGCAGGACUGCCAGCGUCUGAGCGACGAGGCGCUCAGGCACGUGUCGCUCGGCCUCACCACCCUCAAGUCCAUCAACCUGUCGUUCUGCGUUUGCAUCACCGACUCCGGCGUCAAACACCUGGCCAGGAUGUCGAGUCUGCGCGAGCUGAACCUGCGCUCGUGCGACAACAUCUCCGACAUCGGCAUGGCGUACCUGGCCGAGGGCGGCAGCCGCAUCACGUCGCUCGACGUGUCGUUCUGCGACAAGAUCGGCGAUCAGGCGCUCGUGCACAUCUCGCAAGGUCUGUUCAACCUCAAAUCCCUGUCGCUGUCCGCCUGCCAGAUCAGCGACGAGGGUAUCUGCAAGAUCGCCAAGACCCUGCACGACCUCGAGACCCUCAACAUCGGCCAGUGCAGCCGGCUCACCGACCGGGGUUUGCACACCGUCGCCGAGAGCAUGAAGAACCUCAAGUGCAUCGACCUGUACGGCUGCACGAAAAUCACCACCAGCGGCCUCGAGCGGAUCAUGAAGCUGCCGCAGCUCAGUACGUUAAAUCUUGGCCUGUGGCACGUGCGGUGAUGGCUUUUUCCGUGACUAAGUGGUGCUCUGGACGAACGCUGCCGUCAACGUUGUCGUCAUCGUCAUCGUAACCAAGGCGGCGACGGGGACUCCUCGCAGCGGCCCAAGGAUAACUUCGUCUUCGCGCGCAUGUUCCUGCCGCAGGCGGUAAGUCUGUUGCUGUCGCUCGGCGCACGGAGUCGCCCGAGCGCCCUCGACAUCGGCAUCUACAACGUCGUCGCGUCGGCGAAUAGCGUUUAGCUCGUUUCUCCGCCCGAGACGGGAAUUCCCCUUUUUUCUCGAGGGGGAAGCAACCGCUCGUUCUCGAGGGGCACCGUUUCUCAAGCAAAUGGCAUUACGUCCCUUCGAAGAGCGCUUCCUUUAAGAAAAAAAAAAAAAAAGUAAAAGAAAGCGAUCGUUUCGAGCACACAUACAGCAUUUCCGAUCGUACUUGAUCGUCGCGCGUCGAAGACGAUCGCUAGAUUAAUUAAAUCGACGGGUUCGACGGGUCUCAAAUGCCUCGGUUUAACUCUCGGCUCGCUCGACCCUCGAAAAUUUAGGAAAAAAAAAAGAAACGAAUGUCGCGUCUGGAGUUUUCUCGCUCGUUGCUUCCGCGAUGCUCCGCGAUCAUCAACGCGCAGUUAGUAAUCGAUAUAACAAUUUUAGGUCGAAGAUUGAAAUUAAUGUAAUCUCAACGAGUUCAAUUUGUCGUAUUGAAAGUGCGCGAAAGUAACCCCUUACGCCGAUUGUUACAUUUGCAUUACGUAUUAUAUUGGGAUCGUCUUUGCCACGACAAAUUCGAACUUGACGAUAAACGAUAAAUUUCAAUCUUUAAAAUUAGGUGUUUUCUUUUUAUCGCUAUUUUCUUUCUUGGAACGCGUGUGUUUUAACAGAAGUAUGUCGACAUAACGAUUAAACGUCUGUGCAUUCUGAAAAAAAAAACUGUAAUAUGUUUUUGCUGUAUAUGUUAUUGCAAUAUGUACUUUGAGAGUACAUACUUUUUUUUUAUUAAACAAAUCAAAUUAAAUCGCACGACGUGACAAAUGUUACGCCGUGCGUUCUUCGCGUUUGGAUGUUUGGAUGUAAAACGAUACUCUCGAUAAAAAUUCAUUCAUCUUUCAAUUGUUUUCUGUAGUUAAUGACACGUGCAACAUAGAGUGCACGUGUCAUUGCACGAAACGACGACCUUUUGGCAGGUUCUUUAUUUCUUUCCUUCAAUGAAGGACUGUGUUAAUGACAGGAAUGACAAUGUGUCUUUGAGUCAUGUUUCACAGGAUUUACCUGGGAGGGACUUAUUUCAAGCCCCUUGCUAUAUUCUUACACCAUUUAUCUGAUUUGUCUGUAGAAUAUUAUCUACAAAAAGUAUUGCCUACCUUUAAAUAUAAUUUAUACAAUUUUUAUGCCGAUAAUAUUCGAAUUAUUAUCGUUAAUGCAUGUUGCGAUAUCGUCAUUGACGUCGUUAGUUAAUAUCAAUAUUAGUUGCUGAUUUUAUAUAAUAGAAUCUAUUGAUAGAAUUGAGAUUGAGGCGAUAAUACUCAGUAUCUCUCAUUCCAUUAUUUAUCACACACUGAUAAGCUUCGUUCAGUAAGAGCGGAAAUAUCGUGAAACGUCUGUACGAAAAUUCUUGAAGUCACUAUUAACUAAUGUGUUCUCUUGGAAGUUGCACAUUACUGGAAUUAUUCGUAAAAUUAAUAUGACACUGCACAAACUUAAAGUCGCGAACUUCUCUCAAGGCCUCUGCGAAUAGGCUGGUCGCAAGCCGCGAGAGAUUUUCACGUCCGAUUUCAAGUCUAUUUUAACUUAGAACUUACUCUUCUCUAUUUAUAAUUCAUCCCAAGCCCAAAUUUCAUCUAAUUUUAAUUUUAAGUCCAAUCCCGUGGAAUUAAAUGUCGUAUUAAACGAAAUUAAGACAUCUUUUAUUUUGCAUUAAUUCAUAGUCUCCUUUAAACAGUUCUUUCUCCUCAAUUCUCAAACAUUUUAACUUGAAAGUUAUACGUGUAGUGUAAUGUAUUUCCUUCCGCCUCGGGUUAUAAAUAAAUCAAAUGCCAUUGUUCGAUGCACAUGCAAAAAACAUUUUGUUUGCAAAUCGUAUAUACGAAAUACUAAUAAAAAUUAAUAAGUAGAGAACAAUCAAUGUGUUGCGACCGUUAGAAAUAAAGUUAGGAUUUAGAGCGGCUGAAACACGAUUAAAAGCAUGAUUUAGUUUAUUCGAGGAUGUAAUUUUCGCGACGAAAUAUAUUCGAAAAA